GGGAAUCCCCUGUGACAAUAUGAUAUAUAUUUUCAAGCAAAGUAGUGUAGGGUUUAUUUAAUCAAAAUGCUUCUCGAAGUGGUUCUCCAAAGCUUCUUCCUUUUCUCAGUUGCAUCAGCAGCCUGUCGGAACGACCUGACAUGUCAGCUGACCAAUGGAACAAGGGUCGUGCUUGGCAGGCAUUCUAUCUGUUGUAAUGGUCAAAUAAUACCAAAGGUUCAGGACGAUACAAGGCAACGUUGUUGCUGUGACAGUCUCCCUAAUGGAACACAGGAGGUUUUUAACCUUGAUCAGGAGAUUUGUUGUGAAGGGAACAAGUUCCCGAAAAAUGACAAUCUGGGACAGGAACGAGUGUGUUGUGGGACAACACCUUAUGUACAAGAAAGCGGCAACCUCUGCUGCUUUCCUCAUAUCAGCAGACAGGAGAUAGAGACUACUCAUCUAUAUACCUCUCUAGUUGGGAGAAAUGACACUUGCUGUGGGAAUGAGAAAUAUGACCCUGCGACUAAAGUCUGUUGUACAGAUGACAACUUUGAGGUUAGGCUAUAUCCUAGAGAUCAAACCAAGGAAUGCUGUCAAAGGGAUUACAUCAGUAAGGCCACCCAUGAAUGUCAAAUGAGUGAAGAAACAGGCAGGUUAACAUCCAUGUUAAAAUUUAUCCGUCCCUGCGGAAAUGUGGAGAUUGAUACUCGCGAAGACCUGUGCUGUAAUGGAAAGCCACAUCGAAAUGUACUGCAUAUUUCCUCCUUCUCCUGUUGUGGGGAUGAGACCUUUAACAUUAACACUCACCACUGCUGCAAUAACAUCUUUCCGAUUGCCCGGAAUAUGCAGUGUUGUGGAUCCCAUCCUGAUGGUAGGUGUAUUAUAGUAUCGUGUUGUGGAUCACAUCCUGAUGGUAGGUGCAUUAUAGUAUCGUGUUGUGGAUCCCAUCCUGAUGGGAGGUGUAUUAUAGUAUCGUGUUGUGGAUCGCAUCCUGAUGGUAGGUGUAUUAUAGUAUCGUGUUGUGGAUCCUAUCCUGAUGGUAGGUGUAUUAUAGUAUCGUGUUGCGGAUCCCAUCCUGAUGGUAGGUGUAUUAUAGUAUCGUGUUGUGGAUCCCAUACUGAUGGUAGGUGUAUUAUAGUAUCGUGUUGUGGAUCCCAUCCUGAUGGAUUCAAUCCCAGAACCCAACGCUGCUGUAAUGAAACCCUUGUGGAAAUCUCCCAUGGCACGGAUCAAUGCUGUGGAACUGUUACCAUGGACGCCAGGACUCAUGUUUGCUGUAAUGACCAAGCAUACGACAAAUCAACAGUCAAAUUCUGCAAAGAUUCAGACAACAAGUGUAGUGCAGUAGGUAUACAGGACAGCUGCUGUGGUUCGAAGAAACUGAACCAACGCUACGUUUGCUGUAAAGCUGGAACUAACUACGACUACAACUACUUUCAAACUUUGAAAAAAAAGAGCUCCGACAACAGCUGUUGUACCAGUUACAUCAAAGGCAGUACAAGUGCCGUUCCCUACUCCGAUCAGACAGAGGAGUGUCGGCAAGGACACAAACCAACAGUCACCCGGAAACUGAACCAGCCAAAAUGUGGGAGGACAUACUUUGACAAAAACACUGAUUUGUGUUGCAACAACAAACUGUAUCGUGGUGGCUUAACUGCUGGUCAAAGAUGUUGUCAAUAUAAUGUCUUUAACCCAGCAACACAGAGCUGCUGUGUCCGCGGUAGGGUCUACAACUCCACCAGCUGCCCUAAUGAACGAUGUGGAAACAGAAGCUUUGACACCGCGACCCAGCUCUGCUGUCACGGUAAACGUUAUCACAAACAGUCUGGGAGAGUGUGCUGUGGCAAACACCUAUAUAAUCCCAGUAAACAAACAUGCUGUGGCUCGAAAGUGGCAACAAAUCCAAACCAAUGCCGUAAACCAGAACAUCCGAUCUGUGAAUGGCUUUGUGAGCAGGAAGAUAAGAAGAUUAGACGUCAAAUCAGGAUAGGCAAAAUUGAUAUAUGUAAAACAAAUGCAUACAUCACAAGGAUUGGAAGGAAAAACAAUAUUGGGGAUGUGACACGGAUACAACUUGAGGGUGAAAAAAACAGACUCUACCACCAUAAUCAGAACUCGUUUAGGGUCAAGAAACUGUUUCAUCCCACAUGUGUAUGUGAUAGAGCACCUAGAACCGAAGUCCGCCGAAAAAUUGUGGUCAUUACUGACAAAUCGAUACGAGACACUCAAGUAGACCUAACAGACAGUGACUAUAUCUUACCAUAUACUGCCAAAAUCAGAAAAACACUGAUGAAAUACUGGAAGGAACGAUGCAACACUCCAACUAGUCUAGUCACCGCUGAUGUUGUAGAUGAAAUUUUUGAUUUCAUUAAAGUUAAAAUUGAGAAACAAAAAAAAUCAAGAUUUUAUGAAAGUUAAUAAAUAUUUAACAUAGAUUUUUUAUCCAAAUUUUUGAAGCAUAUAAAAUUUAAAAACAACAACAAACCCCCCACUAAAUUUGGAUCAAAAAGAAAAAAGGAAUCCUUGUUUUUCUCUUCAAUUUUAUGCACUGUAUUAAUUUCAAAAAUAUUUAUGAGGCAGAAAUGUUUAUUAAUCAAUCAUAAACUACCCUCAAUAAUAUACAAGUAAAACAUCAAUUAUCAAUAAAAGUAAGGGAAUGAUACAAAUAUAAUUACAUAAAAUGAUUCAUAAAGAAAGGGAAUCUCAAGGGUAUUUAAACCUAAGACUAAAAUUAUGGCAGCUUAUAAUUAGCUAACGGCAUUUGCUCAAAGUCUACUGUACAAAAUAUAGGUCAAAUAUAACUAGUAAUCGCGUACGUGCCAAUGAAAUCACUCGCAACAUUGAUAAACAGUAUUAUUUAUAAAUUGACAGAAUUGGCAAAGAUGACGUUCAGGCAACAAUCCUGAGGAAAGGUAAAUUUUAAAUGUGAAGCAAAGAAGGAACCCAAUAUUUUCCAUACUAUAUAUCGGAUAUUUUUUUGUAAACUGUGAGAGCUUCUCAUUUUCUUCUGACUUUUUUUUGCAAGCAUGUAAUGCACUGCUUUCAUCAAAUACCAUAGUAUUGAUACAUAAAUACAUGUUUAAACAUUAUUUUCAUGUCUAAACAUCUAAAUAUCAACUCAAAAAGAGUGACUUUACCCACAUUCCUGAAAUAGCACUUGGAGUAGGACAGCGAGGUCAUGACACAUGAAAUAUUUACCUGAUGUUUUAAAGAAAUUAUACUCAUGUUGAGGAAGAACGUUUGUAGAAUUUUGUAGUAAAUGAAAUAAUGCUAUCAUAUGUUUUGUUAAUCAUUCAUGAAUAUUGUUCUCAUUCUCUUCAUUAACUUAUUUUUUGUUUGGAAACAAAAAUCCAGCUUUUACCAAUUUUGUUUUUCUUGUUUUGAAUGAUUUUCAUGUUACCGUAGACAUGUAAAAAGGAAGUACAGUUAUAUUCAAUUUAAUUUAUAGAAAUACAAGCUUUUGCAUUUGUGUGUGCUAUCAUUUCACAAAAUACCAUGAGGGAAGUAGAAUAUUUUGCAUGAAAUGCAUAAUUUUGUCCUGUCUUAUGUAUUUUUUUGGUCAAAUAUUUCAGUUUUUAAUAUUUUAGUUCUAAAUGUACCCUUUGAAUGCCAGUAAAUCCUUUAGCCUUGGAGUGUCUGUGUAACAUGCUGAGAACGUGUGUGUGAGAUGUAAAGUAGUUGAAUGGUAUAUCACCCAGGAAUGUUGGAUGUCCCAGUAACUCUUCUCUAUGCCAGUAUUUCCAUUACCUAGUAUAGGUGUAUAACAUGACAUAAUAUAUAACGUGUAUGAUAUUGCCUGUGUAUGAGGUAUGUGUUCAUAUGAAGUCUCUGACCGCACAAGUACGGUGCGGUAUGGAUAGACCUUACGCGGGCUGAUACAAGGGCUUUAGCCCGGGGGAUGUCACACAGCCAUUCAAGUUGCGCAAUAAAUGAGUGCAAUCAGAGAUGUCAGAUGAACAUGUGAAGUGUUGAUUUUAUUACGUAUCUACACUUUUCUUUAUAUUUUCUGCAAAACAUUACUCAAAUCAUUACCCUGUAUCGAUGUUCAAUUUUCUUCCCAACAAGUAAUGACUUGAACCACAAAGGCAGACAAAAUGACGUCGAGGUCAAAGUCUUAGUGUCAUUAAUCUGAUCAGUUGAUAACAACCGAUGUGUUCCAGAAAUAAGAGAGGUUUGGCUGCUGUAUGAUGGCUUAUUGGUGUCAUUUCGUUGUUUCAUCUGUUUGCUACGAAAAGACCAGAUCUUGUUUCCUCUUUUAGGGGUAAAAUGAAGAGAAUUUAAGUUUUUAAAUUCUCUUUUUUUUCGGGGCAAAAAGACAAAAGAACAAGAAAUCAAGAUUUGUUCCUUUUUGUCUUUAUGGAGCGAAAAGUCAGGAAAGGACAAGAAUUUGGUGUUUUUGGUAUUUGCCUUUUCACCCAGAAAAAAUGAAACAAUGAAAUGUCACAAAUCCGCCACUAGACUACAGGGUAAUACAACAUCUGGUUUUAUCACAGUGUAAAAUACAGGGCGUUGUUCUAGCAUGACCUCAAACUGGCUGUAACUCUACAGUAAGGUUCACAAGGAAUGUAACAAAACUGGCUGUAACACUUUCCAUGUAUUCAGAUUCACUAGGUCUGUAGGUAACAUCUUUAUACUAAUAACAAUAUAAAUAUGUCUUUUACAAUGAUUUCUAUACAUUAAAAAAAUUAACAUAU